CUGUUACAGUCCGGCCUCCGAGCUCUGUCAUGGCGGCAUCCAGUUUUCAGGCCGGUGUAAAGGAACGGGAUGUUAGGGUUUUUAUUAGCGAGACAAGCGGGUUUGGACGACCCUCUUCGCCUCCGGAGAGCGGAGUCCACACGGAGGGUUUUGGGACUGGAGUUAAACAAAGACAGAGAUGUUGAAAGGAUCCAUGGCAGUGGAAUUAACACCCUUGACAUUGAACCGAUUGAAGCAAGAUACAUGUUAUCAGGUGGUUCAGAUGGUGUGAUUGUACUUUAUGAUCUUGAGAACUCCAGCAGACAACCUUAUUACACAUGUAAAGCAGUGUGUUCCGUUGGCAGAAACCAUCCUGAUGUUCACAAAUAUAGUGUGGAGACUGUACAGUGGUAUCCUCAUGACACUGGCAUGUUCACAUCAAGUUCAUUUGAUAAAACUCUGAAAGUGUGGGAUACAAAUACAUUACAAACUGCAGAUGUAUUUAGUUUUGAAGAAACCAUUUAUAGUCAUCAUAUGUCUCCAGUCGCCACCAAGCACUGUUUGGUAGCAGUUGGUACUAGAGGGCCCAAAGUACAACUUUGUGACUUAAAGUCUGGAUCCUGUUCCCACAUUUUACAGGGUCACAGACAAGAAAUACUGGCAGUUUCCUGGUCACCACGUUGUGAAUAUGUCUUGGCAACUGCAAGUGCUGACAGUAGAGUAAAAUUAUGGGAUGUGAGAAGAGCAUCAGGAUGCUUAAUUACUGUUGAUCAGCAUAAUGGAAAAAAGUCACAAGCUGUUGAAUCAGCAAACACUGCUCAUAAUGGGAAAGUUAAUGGCUUAUGUUUUACAAGUGAUGGGCUUCAUCUCCUUACUGUUGGUACGGAUAAUCGAAUGAGGCUCUGGAAUAGUUCCAAUGGAGAAAACACACUAGUCAACUAUGGAAAAGUUUGUAAUGACAGCAGAAAAGGAUUGAAAUUCACAGUAUCCUAUGGCUGCAGUGCAGAGUUUGUUUUUGUACCAUAUGGUAGCACCAUUGCUGUUUAUACAAUUUACUCAGGAGAACAGAUAACUAUGCUUAAGGGACAUUAUAAAAGUGUUGACUGCUGUGUAUUCCGGUCUAAUUUCCAGGAACUUUAUAGUGGUAGCAGAGACUGCAAUAUACUUGCUUGGGUACCAUCCUUAUCUGAACCAGUUCCUGAUGAUGAUGAGACUACAACCAAGUCACAGUUAAAUCCAGCAUUUGAAGACGCAUGGAGCAGCAGUGAUGAGGAAGGAUGAGUCUCAAUCCUGAGUACCUUUGUGUCUCUACUGAUGAAACUUUUAAAAUGGGACUGUUUUUUGUUGUUAUUGUUUUCUUCCUAACUAUGUGAUGACAGCUAAAUUAACCCUGAAUUUGGGUGAUUUUUUUCACCCAUGUUUAAAAUGAGGGUAGUAUUUGCAUGAAAUCCU